AUGAAUGGAUCGUCGACACCAUCGCGCGGCGGGGCCAAUGGGGAUCUUAAACCCCCGAAAGGCCCCGAGCGCCCCCUCGUCCCCUACAUGAGGUUUUCUAGAAAAAUGUGGCCAACGGUUCGAGCCGAUAAUCCGGAAGCGCAACUCUGGGAAAUGUCGAAAGUGAUAGGACAAUUGUGGCGCGAGUGUCCGGAAAAGGAGAAGUCCGUCUUCCAAGCUGAAUACGAGGCAGAGAAGGUGGAAUACGACAAAGCCAUGAAGAGCUUCCAACAGUCGCCCGCCUACCAGUCCUACAUGCAGCAGAACAAGGCGCGCCAGCAGCAACAACAGCAAGCCCAACAAGCCCAACAGCAAGCCGACCGCGCCGCCGCCCAGCAGCAGCACCAUAUGCAGCAAGCACCGCCGAUGCCCAUGCCAGGAAUGACCCCCGGGCAUAUGAAGCCGAUCGAGAAGCUCCACGCGCACCAAAUGUCUCGCAGCCGCAACAUGGACAUGAGCGGCGUCGUCAUUCACGCGGUUGAUGAAGAUGACCAGAGCAGCGAGAUGAACAUUCGCCGAGCUCAUUAUGCGAGAUAUCAACGGAACCAGAACAUGAUGGCCGAGCUGUUCGGGCCGCAAAGCGCCCAGGACAUGCGCACGAUUGUCGCUCAGGCUAGGGUGGACAUGUUGCGCAAGCAGGGUCAAUCCCUCUCCGGCCAUCAGGACAAGCUCAACGACGAGCUGCGCCAAAUGGACGAAACGUUUGCCGCCAAGAUGCGUGAUAUCGAGGAGAAGCGCAAGGCUUUCCAGCAGCAGUUGGAAAAGGUUGAAGCCGAAAAACCGGUGCUUGACGACGCGAAAAAGCAGGAGCUGAUUGCCAAAUGGGAGGUGAAACUGGUCGAGGAGUACGAGGCCUACAAGAAGAAGGAGGAGGAGAUGGCUGCCGCGGCUGCGAGGAAAGAGGAGGAAGCCAAGAACAGCCUACUUGCGUCGAUGCUCAAGUCGGAGGAGGACGACAAGAAGGAGAACGAGGAGAAUCGCGCCACCCCGGAAGUCGUAAAAGCCGCCGAGGUGCUGAACGGGAAGGACGAGGAGAUGGACACGACCACCGUCGAGACGCCAGCCCCGCAAAAUGUGGAAGUAAAU